GACUAUGGCUGUUUUUCAAAGAAGUUAUUUAAUGCCAGCAUUGUUUUCAAUUCUAUUGUUUUGUUUGUCUUUUUGGUUGGUCAGUAUUGAUUUGGACAUAAGAAAAUUAAUACAGGGUCUUGACACAGUUGAUUUUGACGGGAAUCUAGAUCUGUUUAGUCUGGAGCAGGAUGAUCCAAGACUAGUCGAAUAUGUCAAACAUAAUUUUUUAAUCAAAACUGGAACAAAAGGGGGAAAGAAUUUGAGGCUGGCAAACAAUCCACCCAUUCUGGCAGCACAGUUUAAUCAAUCUUUGGAAGUGGAUAAAAUUUAUAACAGUUCUCUGUUCAACGGAUUCUUCAUUGAAGCUGGGGCCUUUGAUGGGGAGAGUCUUAGUAAUUCACUCUUUUUUGAAUUGGAACGCGGAUGGACCGGACUACUGGUUGAAGCAAACUCAGAAUUAGUUAAAAGAAUUGAAGAUAAAAACAGGAAUGCUUGGAUAUCUCCCACAUGCUUAUCCAUCGAAAUGAAACCCAUCUUUGCAGAAUUUGAACAGGCUGGUGUUAAUGGUGCAAUCAAUAAUGAGCAGGAAUUAGGACAAGGAGGAUCAAAUAUGGAACAGGUACAGUAAAAAAAGUACAAUUCA